UUGUUCAACCCAGCGCCUCAAUUGAUUGAUAAAUUUGUAUAAGGGAAAAGGGUUUUGGAAAAUCAAACUCAUCCUGGUAAAAAUAAAACGUGCUUACAUGUAUUCCAUUACAUUGUUAAUGCAAGGAUUAAUAAGAAAAGAAAACGAGUAUGGCUUCUGAAUGUCCUGAAUCUGCGAAAACUUGGGAAUACGUAAACGAGUGUCCAUUGGAUAUAUCUGGGUGGAAUAAGAGAGCCCAUAUAAAACAGUGCUCUAAAAUAACAAACGGGACUUGUAAUUAUGGAAGACAACUUGUGUACCAUUGCUUGCCAAACGGGUUCAGAAACAAACUUAUAGAAGUUUGUGCUCCUGCAACGUUCAUACCAAGAGAUACUUGCCCAGAAUAUAGUAUCAAGGGGAAAAGGAUCAAUGGGAUAUUCAACUGCUCAAUAAAUAAGCGACAUUCAUGUCCCAUACAGCAGUAUUCUUCCAUCAAUUUAACAAAUUAUCCAGAUUGUUUAAAAAUCAAUGUAAAUGAAGAACAAUCUGCUUCCACUACUGACAUAGGGAUAAUAUUCGGACUUGUAUUAUUAGUUAUCCUCCCUCUGAUUAUUGUCGGUAUAUUUUUGUACUGCUGUAAAUACAGAAGGUCAAGGGUGCACACCAUCCGAAACUUUUUAAGCCAAUGUAUUCCAUGUGGAAAUUGCUGUAAUCCAGAUAUCGGUGCACAUCAUCCUGCUGAAGGAAAUUGUAUUGUACGAAGUAGAAAAGACUUAAUCAUAGCCCACGAAGAUGUGGUGUCUGAAAAUGAAAUACAAAAGAGUAUGCCAUUUAUACAAAGAGAGCAUGAAAAACAGGAGGAUAGAGGUUCAGAAUCGGGAAAAAUAUUCGAAGAUUUACCUGACUUUGUCGGUGAAUCGCUAGAUUUUGAAUCAUUGCAGAAUUGCAAUGGUAUGGACGGGACAGGCGAAUCAGUUGGUACAACGACAAUUAAAUCCGAUAUUCCAGAAGUCUGUAAAAUCCCCGAGAAUGAAGAUCUAGAGAAAAACCAAAUGACACCUGAAAACACCGAACUGCGCAUUUUACUGGUGGGUAAAACUGGAACCGGAAAAAGUUCUACAGGAAAUUCUAUUUUAGGAAGAUAUGCAUUUGUAUCUGAACUAUCUUCAUCCUCUGUGACGAAUGUAUGCAAGAAAGAAGAAUGCUUCUUAAAAAACAAUAUACUACAAAUCAUAGACACCCCCGGUCUCUUUGAUACGAAGAAGAAGGAUAUUACCGACGAUCUCGCUGAAAUGAAAAUAUUGUGUAGUCCCGGUCCGCAUGCGAUAGUCAUAGUUUUGAAAGCAACAGCAAUUGAAAAAUCUGAUAUCAGGACUCUGAAGUUGAUACAGAAACAUUUCGGAGACAUGCUCUUGAAGUUUGCAAUAGUUCUUUUUACAUACAAAGAUGAACUAGACAGAAAUAAUAAGUCGUUAGAUUCCUUUCUCUCCGGUCCAGGAGAUUAUACCAAAGAAGUUAAAAGAUUCAUUUCAAGAUGCAGUAAUAGAUAUCUUGCAUUCGAUAAUACAGUCGGUGGAAUUCAGAAGAAAUUCGAUGAAUUGAGUACUGAUUUCUCAAGAAAUGAAGAACAAGUGAUGAAACUUUUAAAUUUAAUUCCAAAUUAUAAAACUACAAACACUCCUGACUUUCUCAAACUGAGAUAAGUUGCUAGAAUCUCAAUCUGAUAUCAGAAUAUGAUAUCAGAAAUCAUUUUCAAGUCAGAAUUUUUUCUACAUGAGGCUGUAAAAUAGUGAUGCUUAUAUGUUUUUAAACACGUGCAUUAAAUACAUUUUUCUUCAUUCGGCUACUAUUUUGCUUAAACAAUGUUUCCAAUUCAUUUG